AUGGCGCACUCGGAGCAGAGACCUGGGGCUGCUGUGGUCAGGCCUGGCAAUCUUCACUGUGACCGGGCUGUGGGCAGCCGGGGAAUUGCGGGGGCUCAGGAUGUUCUUCUUUCUGAAGCCGUCCCACCGGACAGGAGGCAGGAACCCCACCGAGGAGACCCCCGGCUGCUGCAGGGGGAUGACGAUGAUCUCAAAGGUCUCCCUCCUGAGCCGCUCCGCCCCCACCUCCCAGAAGGGGCUGCUUUCACCGAUGAUGUGAGUGAUGGUCUGGGGCUCCACCAGGAGCAGCCUGUCCCCCCCGGUGUCGUAGCCCAGGUUGAUUUCCGACUGCUCCAGCGGGAUGAACUCGCCUUCCUUGGUCUGCCUGGACUUUAUCAGCUUGGCCCGUAUCUUGGCGUCCACCAUUCCCCAAUGCGGAAGAGCAAGCACAGCUUCUCAUCGCGCUCGCAAAUCACGCAGUGUUUGCUGAAGAUCAGAGUCUGCGCUCUCUGCUGCGGCCGGGAGAUUUUCACAAACAUGCAGCCCACCAUUAAAGCAUCGAUGAUGGAGCCGAGGAUGGACUGGACCAUCAGGAUCAACGAGCCCUCGGGGCAGUUGGCCGUCACCAUCCUGGAGCCAUACCCGAUGGUCCUCUGGCUCUCCAGCGAAAGCAGCAGUGCUGAAAGGAAACCGUCUACGUUCUGGUAG